UACAUAACUUAUUUUUAUGGUUGUUUGUCUGUGGUACUAAACUUUUCUUUCCGAAUUUUUUGAACCUUUGUUUAUUUUACUUGUUUUUUCAGUUUUUCUCCUGUUCAUUAUGGCACGCUAUUUCAAAGAACAAGAUAUCGACGAGUUCAGAGAAUGCUUCUACUUGUUUGCGAGGUCGGGACAGAUAACCUCAUUGGAUGAGCUGACAGUUGUUAUGAGGUCCCUUGGCAUGAGCCCUACCAUACAGGAGUUAACAGGGUACCUCAAAGGCAAGGGUGGUAAGAUGUCGUUUGCAGAUUUCCUGGAAGUCAUGCACAUACAUUCCCGCGCUGAGAAUUUGCCACAUGAAGUGGUGAAUGCCUUCAAAGCCGGCGACGGGGACAAAAGGGGCAUAAUCCCAGCGAAGCAGCUUCGAAACCUGCUGCAGAACUGGGGCGAAGGCCUAUCUUCACGCGAGAUAGAUAACAUCUUUCGAGAGGCCAACGUCUUGAACAACGGUACAGUCCGCUACGAAGACUUCGUGAAAAUCGCCUGCGCGCCCGUCCCUGACUAUUACUAAAUAGU